GUUAUACGAUUUUAACGGGCACCGGGCAGCUAACCAAACAAUAUUUUCCACGGCCAUAUCCUAAGAAAGCGUAUAACUAACUAACUAACCGACCUAACUAACUAACCGACUAACUAACUAACAGUGGCGUUGAGUCAGAAGAAACCGUACCCCAGUUCCUUCUAUCUGACGUUACACCACACAUCACUGAGCAGCGGCUGUACUCCAGGCUGUACCUAAAACAGGUUUCCGUAGCAACGCGGUCACAACUUCCAAACAGUCAGUGCUCCGUACACAGCAGUUUCUUGCUCUGCUUCCAAAAUGUAUUCAGAAAAAUCCUCAAUUCUCAUGAGUAACGAUCUUCUGUCGACAAAAGCUGGGUACGAUGGAAUAAAUGCCCAGAUCUCUCAGAUCCCAGGACUGUCCCCAACCAUCAGCUCUCUUCCAGAGGAGAGGGCCCGAGGGCGGAGGGCCGGAGUCCUAGAGAGUGAUUCUGACUAUGUCAAGCUUGCAAAACAAGGAGGGCAUAAGGGACUUUUGUGGCAUGAGGAAACAAUUACUUCUAAAUCGAAUGCAUACAAACCUCCAGACUGGUUCUGCACUGCAUCAGAAGACAAUAACAAACCAAGUCUAAUUAACAGUGAAGAGAAGAAAAACCCUGGAGCUUUUCAACUGCUAGAGCCCCCCUUUGGGACUGACAAUAUGUCAGCCUGGGAGAGGGAUGAUAGCAGCAGCAAUGGCAAAGAGAAGAACGACAAUGUUCAUUACAGCCAGAUGGAAAAAUUGCAGACAUCCAAUCAAUAUUAUGAGGCCAGCAAAUUCAAGAGGAUAGUGUUUGACAAGAAACCACCUCCUGUCAACAUGUCUAAGCUGUUGAGCUUUGGUUAUGCAGAAGACAACGCUGAUUUGUCAAAUUAGAAGACUGCCAGUGCGUGGGAAAAGGAUGUACAAACUCAAAUGCUUCCAACAGGAAUAGUUGCCAUCCUCUCCUCUAACAACAUUAAUGUCUUUGCCCCUUCAUGCUGAGCCGCAUCAAACAUUUUACUUAGUUGCAAUUGUUUUGUCAUGUUAGAUGUAUUACUCAAGUAUGAAAGUGCUUCAUUGAAUUAAAGCUUGGACCUUUUAUUUAUUGUGCCUGUUAGUGGUUACUGAUUAACUGCAUUCCUUAAGUAAAGAAGGCACCAUUAACUCUAGUGUUAAGUUUGUUGCUGUGUCUGUAACUCUGUAAAAGGCAGCUUUAAGGAAUAAAAGUCAAAUAUUUCAAAUAAAAUUAAAGUUAUUAAAAAUG